CUAUAAAGCCAUUGUAAUUAAUAGCUAUUGUGUACAUUUAUAAAAUUUAAAACACAUGUCAUAACAACCAUCAUUAUGUAAGAAAGUCUUGUCAGAAAGCAUGCUAGUUAGAUAUAGACUUGUGACAACUUCUCCGUGUUUUAAAAAUCAAGUGAUGUGCUUGUGAUUUGGGUAUUAAGUUAACUUGACUUGACUUAACUUAAGUUUACUUCUAAAUUGCAACUUGAAAACAAAUCAUACAAUCUCCUAAAGUCCAUUUAUAUUGAAACCCCCAAUAAUGGUUGCUCAUACUAUGUUCAUAUUCCAGUGCAGCAGGUGGCGAUAUAGACGUUCAUUCCGGAUAUGUUCCUCUUCAAGAACAAGACGUUCGAAUACGGUGUCGACGGUAUAUUAUUCUAGUUUUUUAGUUUACAACAUUGUACAUUCUUGCCUUGUGAAUGCGUCUUUAACUAUAUAUCAAUGAGACAGGCAAGUAACUCAGUUAAUACCAAAUUCUUUAAAAAAAAAAUAGCGAUAUCUGUUUAUUCUAUAUUCAUCCAACCAAAAAGCACGGGGGGGGGAAUCGUUAUUUUGCCUGUUGUCAGAAUAACUUCAGACGUUUAGCCUCCAUGACAGUCGAUUAACGUUACUGGGUUAUAGGUUUUACUUCGGCUCCAUCCAUAAAGAUGAAUUAAAGCAGCCAAAGUAACUCGGGUGAAAGUGAAAGUAUUAUACAGAAGAUGGAGAAUCAUCAUCAGGGUGCUGCUCACAGCAGCUCUGGAGCUGAUCUUCUCUCCAGGAUCGCUCUCAAUGAUAACAAGGCUGGCAUGGAGGGGCUGGACAGAGACAAGAUCAACAAGAUCAUUCUGGAAACCUCCAAGGGAUCUAAAUUUUAUGAGAAUGAACUGAAGAAGGAGCAGCAGGUGAAUCAGCGCAUUGAAAAGAUGAUGGAGCAAAAAGCAAGAACCACGAAAGAACAACUGAAGCAAGCACAAGCAGAGGUGGACAAACUGAUGUGUGAACUGGAGAGGAGUCGAGAGCUGGGCCGUGUGAUAGUUCAUGUAGACAUGGACGCGUUCUAUGCUGCUGUAGAAAUGAGAGACUGCCCAGAGCUGAAGGACAAACCAAUGGCAGUGGGAUCCAUGAGCAUGCUGUCAACCUCCAAUUACCAUGCUAGGAGGUUUGGUGUCCGUGCUGCCAUGCCAGGGUUCAUUGCUAAGAAGCUCUGUCCAAAUCUUGUCAUUGUGCCGACUAACUUUGACAAAUACAGAGCAGUGAGUGCCCAGGUACGGGAGAUAUUUUCAGAAUACGACCCUCAUUUCAUGCCUAUGAGUCUAGACGAGGCUUAUCUGGAUAUCACUGAGCACCUGGAGCAGCGGCAGCACUGGCCAGAGACCAUGCGAACAUAUUACAUCUGUGAUGCCAAAACAGAGAAUAAUGCAGACAGGUCUGAAUCAGAGAGAGAUGAACUGUCUCCUGUGCUGUUUGAGGACAGUCCCAGCUCCUCACCCUCUCUCUCUGGGGCUGAUAGGAAAGCAGAGGUGUUUGGGAUGAGUGCAGAGGAGGCUGUGAGGGAGAUGCGCUUCCGUAUUCAGCAGAAAACAUCUCUUACUGCCAGUGCAGGCAUUGCCCCAAACAUGAUGCUUGCAAAAGUAUGCAGUGAUAAGAACAAGCCUAAUGGCCAGUACCGAAUUCCUCCUGAGAGACAAGUUGUGAUGGAGUUUAUGAAGGAUCUUCCUGUCAGAAAGGUGUCUGGUGUUGGAAAGGUUACUGAGAAGAUGCUGGCUGCUUUGGGUAUUGUCAACUGUGACCAACUGGGCCAGCAGAUGGCGCUACUAUCCCUGCUUUUUUCUGUAUCCUCCUGGCAUAAUUUCCUUCACAUAUCUUUGGGUUUGGGCUCCACAUGUAUUGAGAGGGACUCGGAAAGAAAAAGCAUGAGCACUGAGAGGACAUUUGGGGAGAUGAAUGAUGCAGAGGAGCAGUAUUCCCUGUGCAGAGAUCUCUGUCAUGACUUGGCACAGGACCUUCAGCGGGAGGGCCUCAAGGGCAAAACUGUUACUUUGAAGCUGAAGAAUGUCAAAUUUGAGGUGAAGACCAGAGCGUUUACACUGCAGUACGCUGUCUGCACUGAGGAGGAGAUCUUUGCUGCUGCUAAGGACCUUCUCAAAUUUGAGAUUGACUGUGUCAGUCCUCAGCCACUAAAGCUGAGACUCAUGGGUGUUCGAAUGUCCGGCUUUAUCAGCGCUGAAGAUAAAAAGCCUCUUCAGAGGAGUAUAAUGGGAUUCCUGCAGAAAGGUGGAUCUGAUUCAGGCAGUUUCACGCAGUGCGCUGGAUCUGUGCUCAAAGCAGAAGAAGACAGUGAUGCUGCCGGUUUCCUAAAGCCACAGUCCACUGAGAUGAAAGAACCUUCUGUGUCUGAGCAAAAGCCCAAAUCUGGAGGACCUCAGCAGCAAUCGUUUUUUCAAAGAGCACAGUUGAAAAGACUUCAGCAGCAGCAGGAACAAAUGUCUAUCGUCGCUGCUACAGACACAACAAACUAUAGUGCUGACUCAGCUGCUGCUACACAGACAGAUCUACCAACAACAAACAAUCAGUCAGACACAACAUCAGCAAAAAGUUUGUCAAAUACAGACUCGGGGACAGACGCAACAAGCUACAUGAACAAACCUGCAGUUUUAAAGCCAUCAUUUAAAAUCUCAACCCAGGUGCUACAGUUUCUCACCUGUCCUGUGUGCAACGCAGAGAUGAAGGAUGUAAACCUUACAGCCUUCAACAACCAUAUUGAUGAAUGUCUGAAGGGCAGUGCAGUGGAUAAUGAACCCAUACAUUUGGAUGCGCCUAAGGAACAGGAAGAGCUCAAUAGCAAACCACCUGCAUCGAGUUCAGAAAGCAAGACUCGAAAAUCCUCAAGCCACAAUCCAUCCUGUAAUGAAGAGAAGCCAUCCACUAGCAUCUCCGUGCCACUCGCGGAAACUGAUGACGACAGUGAUUUCAAGACUCCAUUUUUUAGUCACAGGACAAAAAUAAAUGGAAAGCGUUCUGUUAUUUCUAAAAAGAAGAUGUCUAGUUCUGAAGCAUCACAAACAACGCACAAACUUGAGGCUGUCACAGAGAUGUCAUCUGACUCGAAAGGCUCGUCUUUGACGUGUCCCGUGUGCAGUCAGCCGCAAAGCACUGAUGACCUCGCUCUCUUCAACCGGCAUGUGGAUAUGUGUCUCAACCAGGAAGUUCUGCUGGAGUUUAGAGAAUCUCAUCCUCCUGUGGGUGAUUCAGAUGAACCAGCUCUCAAGAACGUACGAGGCCAACUGGGGGACCAGGGAAGAGUUUCUAAAGUGAGAGAAAAAAGCAAAAGGCAGGGAUCAUCUCUUCCUCCCUCAAAGAAAAUCAAAGUGUUGAGCACAAAACAAACAAUCGACAAGUUCUUCAAAAGCAGUGCCAGACAGAAAGUCUAAUUCUUUUACAAAUCCAGAGAGAUAAGCAUAUCGUUUAAUUUAUGAAGAAGAGACUUUAUAAUCCAUGAGGAUUUUGCUGGAUUCACUUGAGGGAAUAUGUUGAUGGAAGAAGUAAGAAGAUUAAUGUGUGGUGACGAAAAUCAGGUGUUUAAUAAGAGAUGUUUCAGAUCAUAUACUCUUGACACAAAGCUGAAAAUCUGGCUUGGGUAUAUAUUUUUAUGUAUUUAUUGAAAUGUGUAUUUGUGUGGUGGAAAAAUGCUUCAUAUUGUGCUUCAAAUUUAUACUUUUGGACUUGCCUCUUUCAGUAUUUAUGCAGAUCAUUGUUGUUACAUGUGCAUUUAUAUAUGAGUGAAGGAAAUAUUUUUAAAUUAUUUUAUUCUGUGUAUAAAUAAAAAGUAGCAUUUAAUUUUGUAUGGACAUUGUAAAGCACUUUAUAAACCAUGACAUAAGGCUUUCCAUCUAAAUAAUAAAUAAAUACAAGUAUCAUAAUUGAUAUAUUUUUAAAAUUCUGCAUAUACGGUAUAUAUCUAAUUUGCACCAAAAAUAAAUGUGAACAAAAACAUUGCUCUCUUAAUCUCAUUUAAUGCUGCUUUGUUUCGAUAUGGAACUAUAUCCGGUUGUUUUUCUUUGAUUGGAAACAAUUUAAACAGCUUUACUCUUGUUGAUGUUAUUUAUAUCAUUGUAUAUCUUCCAUUCAAAUGUUCAGUAAGAAUUAUUAAAUGUUUUUGAAAGUACUUUAUGUCCACCAA